AUGUCAUCAGCUAAGGAUCAUAAGUCGUUCACCGCCGAGGAUCUAUUUGAUAACAUGACGCUUGACGAUGGUAGUAGGGAUGCGAAACCCCGACCGGCGAACCGCCCUCCCGGCGGUCCACCUCGUGGCGAAAACAAUCCUCCCCGUGGUCGCGGUGCGCCGCCUUCCUCGUCUCACAGGCCGACCCGGUCGCAAGAAGAAGCUCUAAAAGCUCGUCGCAUGCAUAGCGCCUCAAACGGAGGGGAGAAGGGCCUCUCUGGUUCUCCCCAGAGGAAACAGACAGACCGUCGCCCUCGUCGCAAUAGCGAUUCUUCGAUGAUUGAGAAGCCGUUGACGGAAGAGGAAAAGAAAGCACGCGAGCUUCGACGCAAAGAGCGCGAGCGACGCCAUCGCGAGGGCAAGGAUAAACCGAAAACAGCCCGAAAAAUCGAUAUCAUCGAUCAGCUUGAUGCUACGAGCAUUUACGGAACAGGGCUAUUCCACCACGAUGGUCCAUUUGAUGCAUGCAACCCGCACCGAAAUCGUAAGGGCAGUCGUCGUGCGCCUAUGCAAGCAUUUGCCAAGGACUCUGCCAAUAAUUCUAUCGGAGGCGCGGGUCCCCUAAAUAAGAGGCCUGAUCAUAUGCAGUUCAUGGGCCAAGAGCCUCACGACGUCUCCAACAUGUAUGGGAACGUUGUUAAGGAGAGGUCUGCAGGAAGCAAGGGUGAGGCUACCUUGUUCGAUCCGAAGCAGGCAAACGAAUUCGUCGUUGGCGAAGAGACACUGGGACUCGGAUCUUCAACAUUCUUGGAAGGUACCCCAGCAGCACGUGCUGCGAUCCAGCGCAAUCAAGCUGAGACGGCGCAAGAGGUCUUGGAGCAGGGACUGGGCAGAAAGAAGUCUGUGGUACAGCGCUUCCGAAGCAUCAAGCGCGCCCCGCGCGAGCCUCGUGAAUUUAACCCGGAUGGUGACCGCUACACUCCUAGGACUGGCGAUAUGCCUACUGGCAGUAGCACUGGCGAAAGGAACCCGUUCUUUGCGGAGUUCGACGGCAAGGGGGAAGAGCGCAUUUCUGUCAAGCGUAAGGAUUCGAACUCGGCAUCUCCCGUGACGCCGCCGGUGCCUAGUCUUGAGCGCCGAGGGACCAACGAUGGAGCAGAGUCUCCAGAUGGCGCUAGACAGGGCAAUGGGUUUAUGUCGCGUGUCAGGAGCUUGAAAGGAGGGCGACGACCGCGACCAGAGGUUCCCAGCAGAGAUGUUCCACCUGCCCCCAGCGUAGCGAUGUGA